GAGAAGGGCCUCAAGAAGGAGCGUAGGCUGCGUAAACGUGACGCAGAUGGACGAGACUGGGAGAGCGACGAAGAGGAAAAGGCGGCAAAACGGCGGCGCGCAGAAGAACCCACGUCGCCUAUCGAGUCACGGGGAACUGGGCCUGAUCGUGCAACAGACCGUGAUGAAGGUGAUAUGGAUGAUGUGGAAGACGAAGAGGCGCGUCGCGAGAGGGACCGCAAGGAACGUGACGCUUUUGCGGAGAGAGUGAGAAAGAGGGACAUGGAAAAAACCAAGAAGAUCGUUGAGGACCGGUCUUCGCGUCAUCUAAAAGGCGCAGCAGCUGAAACGGCAGAGAUGCGUCGUCUCGCAGAUGACUCUACGGCUAGACUACUUGCCCUCCCUUCGAUUCGCGAACGCUCACGUCAAGCAUAUUUGACAAAGCGCGAGAUCCAACAAAUCGAGUUGCUUCGUAAGGAGAUCGCAGAUGACGAGGCCCUGUUCCGUGGCAUGAAGAUUACUAAACGGGAACAACGAGAUCUUGAAUACAAGAAAGAUGUCCUUAGGCUUGCAGAAGAACGAAUGGGGAUCAAUGACAAAUGGGAUGGGUAUCAGCUCCCAGACGAUUAUUUCACUGAGCAGGGGAAAAUUGAUAAGAAGAAGAAGGAGUCUGUCAUGUAUCAACGAUACGAGGAGAACCGCGACCAGAAGAAUUUCGUCACGGAUGUGGACCAGUGGGAGGAAAGUCAAACCCGGAAUAGCACUUUCAAAACUGGCGCCCUAGACAAGCCUGAGCUGGUUGAUGAGUAUGAGUAUGUGUUUGACGAAAGCCAGACCAUACAAUUCGUCAUGGACCAGAGUCUAGGCGGAACCAUGCCGAUGCUGAGCCAAAAGGACGCAUUGCUCAAAGCGCAAAUCGAAGAGGCCGAGCGACGAGACGAUGGAGGAGACAAGGAAGUCCUUGCCUAUCUACCAGUAUCGGGAGCAGCUCCUGGAAGCCAUAGCAGAACACCAAGUCCUUAUUGUUGUCGCUGAGACUGGUUCUGGAAAAACCACUCAACUACCUCAGUAUCUUCACGAAGCAGGGUAUACCAAAGGUGGACAGAAAGUCGGGUGCA